UAUGUUAUAGAGAUUGUCUGCAGUAAUAAGAAGACCAAUAUUCUGGCAUGGCACACAUCAUCAUCAUGAUAGUAAUGAUGCUACAAAGAGACUAUUUGACACUGUUUCAAGUACAGUUAAAGGCAUAUAAUAAAUAAAUUAUGUGGUUGAACAUAAUCCAAAACUCACAGCUGAAGAGAAGUCUAAAAUGAAGCAAUUUUUGAUUUAUAGAUAUGAUCCAGCUGUAUGAUUUAAUUUAUUGAUUUUAGGAUGAGAAUGACUUUCCAAAAUAUGUGAGUUACUAUGUUGACUUGAAGAAGAUACCCCCUAUGUAUUUGGAUGCAUUAUUGUACAUCAAAGACAAUUAUGAUUCAUCUCUCUCUUUACGUCGUUCAUGCAGAGAGGGUAUCUGUGGAUCUUGUUCUAUGAAUUGCAAUGGUCUCCAUAAGUUAGCAUGUAUCCAUGCAAUAGACACUGAUUUAACUUAACCAGCCUACAUCACUCCUUUAGGUCAUAUGUUCGUAGUGAAAGACCUUGUUGUUGACAUGACUAACUUUUACACUCAAUACAAAACAAUUGACCCUUAUUUGAAGAGAAAGACUCCAAAGGUAUGAGAAUCUAAAUUUAUCAUUAUAGGAAGGAAAUAAAGAAUACAUUCAAUCAGUUGAAGAUAGAAAGUUAUUAGAUGGUCUCUAUGAAUGUGUGUUGUGUGCAUGUUGCUCAACCUCAUGUCCAUCAUAUUGGUGGCAUCCAGAUAGAUAUCUUGGUCCAGCUGUAUUGAUGUAGGCUUAUAGAUGGAUUGUAGAUUCUAGAGAUGAGUAUACAGAUGAAAGAUUAGAAAAAUUAGGUAUUCUUAUAUUUCUAUAUUAAUAGCUGAGGAUGUUAAGGUAGAGGAUUGUUAAAAUAUUGGUAUGUGUUCUUUUACAUGUCCAAAGGGACUUGAUCCAUAAAGAUCUAUGAAUCAUUUAAUGAAAUUGAUAGAAGAAUAUAAAGAAAGAAAGAUUGCAUCAGCCACAUUAUGAAA